AUGUUUGAUUACGACUUGCCCAGCGUCAGCAGUUCUCCAUCAUCGUCUAGUCCGGCAUCGAAUUUUUCACCUGCGCCUUUAAAAUUGAAAGACAAGUAUAGAAAAUCCGGAAAACCCUAUCAAUUUGUACCAAGUUCGUGUCAAGUGUGUUUUGGGAAAGCUACUGGACACCAUUAUGAUGUAGCUUCUUGUAAUGGCUGUAAAUCAUUUUUCCGACGAGUCACAAUUGAAAAAUUAGUGUAUAAAUGUGACAAUCAUAUGAGAUGCUACAAUGAUUUUAAAGCUGGGGACAAAAUUCCGAAAUGUCGUGCUUGCCGAUAUAAGAGAUGCGUAGAUGUUGGGAUGAAUCCGUUGGAAUCUCAAGUAUCUGAUCUCAUCAAAAAUUUAGUACACCUGGAUUUAAAAACCAAUAAAUUUCGAGAUUGCUCAUAUAAUCCUGUGGAUUUUCCAACUCUUAAAGAAGCUGUAAAAGAUGAAAUAUCAAUUAUUGGAUAUGGCGAUCGGUUUGGGCCUAUGCCCGGUUGGCCUCUGGCUCCAGAAGUAAUUGAAGAAGCCAGAAAACCGAAUCCAAAUCCUGGUACUCGAAAAAUUCUUCCAGCAAAUGUGAAACGAUGGCUGAUGUAUGAUUUAUUGACAAUUGUAGAAAUGGCAAAAACUUUUGAUUUUUUCAAUAAACUCAAUGAAAUGGAUAGGUACUACCUGUGCCGGGAUACCACUCUGAUGGUAUCAAAUUUAACAAAAGCAUAUUUCUCUGUGGAAAAUAAAACUGACCAAUUAAUUCGAGCCGACGGACAAACUUUGGCACCUCCUCCAAAGUGGAUUCCAAAAGAAUAUAUGGACAAGUUACUGCUGGAUAUCAUGAAACGAGCGAUAAGUACAUUGAUUCGAAUGAAAUGCACAAAAAUUGAAUUUCUGUUGCUCAGAGCGAUUUUGCUGUGCAACGCAGCUGCCCCUGACAUCUCCUCUACAGCUCGAGCCAUUCUUCAGACCGAACGAGCCAAGUAUACUGUAGCAUUGCUCAAUUAUACAAUGGCAAAUCACGGAUUAGAAGGUCCCGGCCGAUUUGCAGAAAUCCUAAAUAUUAUCGAUUUAUUGGAAAGGCAACAAAAAGAUCAACGGGAUGUAAACGUUUUUAUUUUGUUGUACAGACCGAAGCAUGUGAAACUACCAUUGCUAGAUGAUGUGAUGCUCAGUUUUUGUUGA